UGACCCGUCUCUGCAGCAGCAGCAGGGCCGGGGAUAUUUCCAGGAAAACACACUCUGACAUCUCACGCAAAUAGAAGACAUGUGGAGGAGCCUGUCACUCUCACUGGUUGUCGCUUUGGCGCUGGGAGCGGAGGUGUCCCGGUGUCAGGAUGUGGAGUCCGUGGCGACGGUUGAAAACGCAGCAGAGGAGCCGCAGGAGAAUUUCAGCGACAUAUCCGCCGUUCUCGGGAACGCAAGACGCCAGAUCCUGGCGGCUCAGUUUGAGUGCUACAUGAAGAUAAUCCACGAUCCGCAUCAAAUGGAGGAAGGUGUUUACUGUAACCGCACGUGGGACGGCUGGAUGUGUUGGGGAGAUUCCCCUCCAGGAACCGCCAUCCAGAUGUGUCCGUCCUACUACGUCGACUUCGACCCCGCCGAAAAGGUGACUAAAGUGUGUAACCCUGACGGCCAGUGGUUCCACCACCCGGAGAGCAACAGAGUCUGGUCCAACUACACGCAGUGCCAGGCCCACACCAAAGACAAACGCAAGUUUGCGAUCAGUCUCUACUACCUGGCUCUGGUGGGUCACGGUCUCUCCAUUGUCUCCUUAAUCGUUAGUCUGAUAAUCCUCUCCUAUUUGAACUGUCUCAGCUGCCAAAGAAUCUCUCUCCACAAGAACACGUUCCUCUCGUUCAUCCUGAACUCCAUUGUUACCAUACUGUGGCUUUCCUUUAAUAUGACCUACACCACGACCAUGAGUGCCAGCAACCCUGUGAGCUGUAAGAUCCUGGCCGUGCUGACUCACUACACCACCACUUCCAACUACUUCUGGAUGCUGUGUGAGGGAAUCUACCUGCACACGCUCAUCAUCGUGGCCGUGUUUGCCGGGGAGCAGCAGCUCUUCUGGUACCACAUCCUGGGCUGGGUUUUCCCUGCUGUUCCUGCCCUCACAUACGCCCUCGGCCGCGGCCUGUUCUUUAACGAUAAGUGCUGGAUCAAUUCAUCCACAAACCUCCUCUACAUCAUUCACGGGCCCAUCCAGGUCGCAUUGCUUGUGAACCUCUUCUUUCUGCUGAACAUUGUCCGGGUUCUGAUCACGAAGCUGAAGGAGACGCACUGUGCCGAGUCUACGGCCUACAUGAAGGCGGUGAGAGCCACGCUCAUCCUCAUCCCUCUGCUGGGAAUCCAGUUCAUCCUGUUCCCGUGGAGGCCGGAGGGACGAAUCAGCCAAGCCGUCUUCGAUUUCUUUAUAAGCGUCUUCUCCAACUUUCAGGGAUUCCUGGUGGCCGUUAUAUUCUGUUUCUGCAACGCUGAGGCUCAGACGGCCAUGAAGAGGAAGUGGGUUCAGUGGAAGGCCGCGUGGGGGAAGACGGGCUGGGGAGACACGCCCAUGACCAGCAGCCACUUCAACUACCACACCAACUCCUCCAUCGUGGAGACCAGCCGCACCACCUUCAGCCUGGAGCAGCCGGCCGGCGCCGCCGCGCUGGAGCCGCCCAAACACGGCAACCCCAACGGGCAGGACAAGGCCGGCAGGGCCUGCUCCAACGGGCAGAUGGGCAUCUUUAACAUGCUGGAGAGCGCCGGGAUCUGACCCGGCCGGAGCCCCGAGGAGAUGGUGCUGAUGCCAGAGUCAGAACACGUAACCCUGACAACCUGACUGGACAGGAAGGUGAUGGAGAAUCACUAAAUAAAGCUUAAGUGAUUGGGCUUUGUAUGUACAUCAACAAACACACACACAUGUACGACGGAGUAUUAGGGCCAAACUAAGACAAAAAA